ACCCCCUUUGUUUUAUCCUUUUAUUAUCAUUGGUCCAUUCUCAUCCACCGUCCACAAAUCACAAGUGCCAUCGUGCGUUCAAAUAUUCUCCCAAAUCCACCAUCAUCCUCAGCUCCAUUUCACUUCAGAUCCAAAACAUCAGAAUCCACAAAACCCCAAUUGGCCAUGGUGGAGGCACAAAAAUGGACCACCAGAAGAAUGAGCCAUCCGAGGUUGUCAGCCCUCGACACCGCCGACCAACAACAAGUCCUCCUCGACAUCCCUCCGACACCACCGGCAGACCAGCGUAACAACCACCACAACAACCACCUUGUGGUCACCGUGCUCAUCAUCGCAUCAUGGUACCUCUCCAACAUCGGUGUCCUCCUCCUCAACAAGUACCUCCUCGCCUUCUACGGCUUCCGUUACCCAAUCUUCCUCACAAUGCUCCACAUGAUCUCCUGCGCCGUCUACAGCUAUGCCGCCACCACCUUCCUCCGCCUCGUCCCCUCCCAGCAAAUCCACUCCACCAAACAAUUCCUCAAGAUCCUCGCCCUCACCGCCAUCUUCUGCUUCUCCGUCGUCUGCGGCAACACCUCCCUCCGCUACAUCCCCGUUUCGUUCAAUCAAGCCAUCGGCGCCACCACCCCCUUCUUCACCGCCGUCUUCGCCUUCAUCAUCACCUGUAAGCGCGAGACCGCCGGGGUUUACCUCGCCCUCUUGCCAGUCGUCCUCGGAAUCGUCGUCGCUAGCAACAGCGAGCCCCUCUUUCACCUCUUCGGAUUCCUCGUCUGCCUCGGCUCCACCGCGGGGCGUGCUCUGAAAUCGGUGGUGCAGGGGAUUUUGCUAACCUCCGAAUCGGAGAAGCUUCACUCCAUGAAUCUCCUUCUCUACAUGGCUCCCAUGGCUGCGCUGAUUUUGCUACCUUUCACUCUCUACAUUGAAGGGAAUGUGCUCUCUCACACCAUUGAGAAGGCGAAGGGUGAUCCCUUUAUCGUGUUCUUGCUUGUGGGGAACGCCACCGUUGCUUAUUUGGUGAAUUUGACGAAUUUUCUGGUGACAAAGCAUACCAGUGCUUUGACAUUGCAAGUUUUGGGGAAUGCUAAGGCUGCUGUGGCGGCUGUUGUUUCGGUUUUGAUAUUCAGGAACCCUGUCACGGUGAUGGGAAUGGCGGGGUUCGGCGUUACAGUCAUGGGUGUGGGGCUGUACAGUGAGGCCAAGAAGAGAUCCAAAGUUACAACUCAUUGAUGAAUACUCACACAGAUAAUAUACUUCUCAACAUUGAUUCCUUUUCAUUUUUUGGAUUUUCAUAGAGGCAUAAAGUUUUUUCUUAUAAUGUUGCACAAUUUUGCUUUGGUUUAAUUGUCCUUUUGAGGAGUUGGAUCUAGUUCCAGCUAUUGGUCACACUGUAUAGGAAGAAACAGAAAAGGGAAAUGGUUACUUCACCUAUGUUCUUUUUCUCUUGCCCAUUUUGUAAAAUGCUUAUUGCCCUCUGGCAACUUACAUAAAGGAUUCAGAGAAAAGAAAAAGCACCUUUGUGCAUUUGGUGAGGGAGGAAAAUUCUGCUUCCCUCCAUUUUGUCAAUCACAAGCUAAUGUUACAAACUUUAAGUAAUCAGUUUGUCCUUUAUGA